UUGCGUUCAAGGUACAACCUCUCUUCCAACUUAACAAAGAAGGGACAUAUACAAAAGCUACCUUGGAGACUUCGCUCCAUAAUUUGGUUUGGAAAUUGGUGCUUUUAAAGUUGUUUUCGGCGUUCCGGGCAACUUCGUUCUUCGACAGGAUGGCAGAACCACAGCGAGUAUGUGAUCUGCUACCUGAAGAUAUUGCUUCUGACGACUGCCUGACUUCAUACACACACAUCUACAGCCCAGAUUUACUCAAAGAUCAGGUUGCAUUUAUCACAGGCGGUGGAUCAGGAAUUGGACUACGUAUUGCGGAAAUCUUCAUGAGGCAUGGCUGUGACACAGUGAUCGCCAGCAGGAACAAAGACAAGCUCAUAGAGGCGGCGAAGAAGCUGUCUGCAGUUUCAGGACGUCGCUGCCUCCCGUUGUGCUUGGACGUCAGGCAGCCUGAGAGCAUUUCAGCGGCUGUGGAUGAGACCCUCAAAGAAAUGGGCCGGAUAGACAUCCUUGUUAACAAUGCUGCCGGAAACUUCCUGUGCCCUGCCAUGGCACUUUCCUUCAACGCCUUCAAGACAGUUAUGGAGAUAGACACCAUGGGAACGUUCAACACCAGCAAAGUUGUGUAUGAGAAGUGGUUCAAGGAUCACGGCGGCAACAUUGUCAACAUCUCCGCAACACUUGGCUACAAGGGGCAGGCGCUCCAGGUGCAUGCUGGAUCUGCCAAGGCUGCAAAUGAUGCCAUGACCAAGCACCUGGCUGUGGAGUGGGGACCCAGUGGGGUACGAGUGAACGCUGUGGCCCCAGGUCCUAUCUCUGGCACAGAAGGCUUCCGUAGACUGGGUGGCCCUCGAGGGGAGGCUGCUGGUCUGUUCCAGUCCAUUCCUUUGCAGCGAUCAGGCAACAAGACCGAGAUGGCCCACUGCACACUUUUCUUAGCCAGCCGGGCCUCGUCCUACGUGACCGGAGCCAUCUUGGUGGCGGACGGCGGGUCGUGGCUGACCUCAGCUAAUGACAUCUCCAAGCUGAUGGGUAUAGCCUCCUCUAAAUCCGCUAAACUCUGAACAGGGGCUCUGCUGUCCUCCUCCUGACCCAGGUGUGUAGGAGGAGGUGUAGCGUUUUGAUGUGUGAAAAACGGAAUUGCAUAUUUUCUUUAAAUGCUUUCCAUUUUGACAGCCGUAUACCUCAGUGUUUCCCAGCCUUUAUUGAGCCAAGGCACAUAUUUGACAUUAGAAACAGCUCACAGAGCUUAAAAAAUUAUGGAUACACAGGUAAUUGUACAAUUUGUCAUCUAGUGAAUUGAAUUGUUCUGCCUGUCAUUAUAUGUUAUUGGCAUGGGUAGAUGAACAAGUAAAUAAAUAUUUUUUGGACCAAUUAAUUGAAAAUUGCAUACUUUCCCGCAGCACACCUGAUGAUCUCUCAGUGCACACGAACGUGCCGCAGUAUAGUGGUUGGGAAUCACUGAUAUACGUUUGUUUCCAUUUGCCUGGGUAUCACACAGCAAAUAAUAUUGAUUUUCUUCUUUCUUUCAGGUUAUUGGUCAUCUGAAAAGAGAGACAAAUAAAAAAGAGCAAAACAGUAACAUAUCUGCAGUGCUGUAACACUAAAAAAUUUAAAAUCUUAAAAAGAUUUAAAAUCCUUGUUGUAUCGUUAUGCAUUUCAUGUACAGUUGUGUUUAUCACAUUACAUUUUGUGAUGUUCAGCCCGUUAAUAAAACUUUCAUCGUUAUAUUUAAUGGUGUUUUUUUUUUAGUUU